CAGGCAGGCAGAGCCCAGAAACACAUCCACGCACAUCCACACACACAUCCAAGCCGAGCUCUUCUCCGACAGAGGAGAGAGCGCACAGAGGGAUAAACACAGGGAGACCAGAGGAACGCGGCAGCGGCUCUCUCUCUCUCGCGCGCGCGUGUGUGAGUUGUGUGUGUGUGUGUCUAUGUGUGAGUGUGCGCGCGCUCGCUUCGCUCGGUGCUCGAGACGACUGGCGGGGCGGAACAUGGAGGGGCUCGGGAAAAACGCUGGGAAGUGACCUCGAACCGAGGAGAAAAUUGGGGGAAACGGACAGAGAGAGAGAAAGAGAGCGAGAAGGACAGACUGAUAAACGGACAGCUCGGACGGAAAGGAGGAGAGACAGAAGGAGAGAGAGAGAAGUCUGACAGAAGAGAAAGAAGUGGGAAAAGGGUUCACCUGGAACUCACAAGGAUUUUAAGGAGUGAGCCCUGGGCUGGAUGGGACCCACCAUGCCCCCCAGUAAGAAGGCCCAGAGCCCCAGCAGUGGAGCCAGCGCGUCGCAGGGCAUGAGCCCGCCCUACCGGCAGGGGGACGCCGCCACGGCGGCGUCUGAGGCCGAGGCGGCCGACCUGUCGCUCUCCGUGUCCGCCUCCUUCUCCAAGGGCGAGGACGAGGAGCUCACCAGCCUCUCCUGGCUCCACGAGAGCACCGACCUCCUCAACAGCUUCAGCCACUCCGGGCUGCGUAGCGUCUCCCCCCUGCAGGACCCCGACAGUCAGCACCCGCGCUCGCCCUCCUCCUCGUCCCCGCCCCCGGACGACGCCCUGCUCGCCGACGCGCACUCGGCGUACGACCUGGCGGCGGGGGCCAACCGGAAACCUCCGUACUCCUUCAGCUGCCUGAUCUUCAUGGCCAUCGAGGACGCGCCCAACAAGCGGCUGCCAGUCAAGGACAUCUACGGCUGGAUUCUGGAGCACUUUCCGUACUUUGCAAACGCCCCGACAGGCUGGAAGAACUCGGUGCGGCACAAUCUGUCGCUCAACAAGUGUUUCAAGAAGGUUGAUAAGGAUCGCAGUCAGAGCAUAGGCAAAGGUUCCCUUUGGUCCAUAGAUCCGGAGUAUAGGCACAACCUGAUCCAGGCACUGAAGAAAACGCCGUACCAUCCUUACUCGCCGAGCUUGGCCGCACCUUCCACAUCCCCGCCCACCCUGCCUCAGACAUUUCACCACAGUCCUCCGUUGUGGUCGGGGAGCCCCCUCUUCAGAAAGAACGGAGGAGUUCUCCUACAAGUACCUCGCGGUGUGAUCCAGAACGGAGCCCGCGUCAGGAGCCAGGCCCUCUUCCCUGUUAUCAGACCCCUGCCCGUAAGCCCUGUGGGAACCAGAACCUCGGCCAUAAGAUCAGCCCUGGGAGAUUACUUUAGCCGGGAAAAGGACAGCCCAUCCCGCUACACUCCUCCCCCCUGCGGCGAGGACCUCCAGGACGACCACACCUACAGCACUGCCAAGUCCCCCAGCAGGCUGUCCUCCCCCCAGGCCAGCAACCCUUCCUCCCCGGUGGAAGACGACGACAUCAUCGCCGUGGAGAUCCAGUCGGACGUCAAGCCCGAGCCGCGGGAGAUCCCGUUGGAUUCUCACAUCACAACUGCCGCCGCCUACAUUUCCCAGCAGCCCCUGCGCGGACAGAGACGCAGCUUGGUGGCCGGAGCCGGGACUCUGCCAGGCAGUAGCCUGCCCUGGACCAAAAGCCGAGCGAAGGGCAUUAGCGACACGCUGCCCCUGAAGAAGCGGCGCGCGCUGGAGAAGCCGCCGGAGAGCGACGACGAGGAGAUGAAGGAGGCGGCGGGGUCGCUGCUCCACCUGGCAGGCGUCAGAGCCUGCCUCAACAACAUCACAAACCGCGCCGCCAAGGGCCAGAAGGAGCAGAAAGAGACCCUAAGAAACUAAGACACACACACAUUCAGACAGCUCAAAGCACGCACACACACACACGAAUAGGUCAACAGGUAACAUUACUACAGCAUUAGUCUCAACAGACACUCGUCAUCUCCCUCUAUCUAUCUGCAGGGCAUUAGGUGAAUCCUACUUAUUUGUGGCAAUAUCAAAAAUCUAUGUUUUCCUACAUGUUCAGCAACACUAACAUCGAUGGGUAUCUCUCAUGUGUCUAUGUUGUUUUUGUUGUUUAAAAAGGGGAUGAAAGCCAUAAAAAAAAGCAUGUUUUGUCACUAAUUUUGGCGAGCGGAGGAUGGCUGUUUGUCUUACCUGUUUUUCUUUGGGGUUUUUGUUUUUUUGUUUUCUUACAUUUACUUUGGUUUCCACAUUGAAUCUGUAGCAAUCUCUCAGCGAUGCCAGCAAACGCGGCGGAGACCCAGCGCUCCCCCUCCCACCCACCCCCACCCCCACCGGGGGUAUCGCUCUCCUACACCCACGAGCACAAACGUGAGACUGUGCCAAAGAUACGCGACCAGGUUGCUUCAUGUAGCCGAUGCGACAGCCGAUGGAAAAGAGAAAAAAAAAAAAACUGGAGCGAGACGGAGGCAUCGUAGUAAAGAGCUAAAGAGAGCGACCUAAGGUGUCAAAAACAAAACCCAGUGUGAUGUAUAUUCAUGCACUUCAAAUUAUUUUAUGCCACUCACACAAAAGAAAACUUGGUUUAUUUCAAGAGCACUCAUAGUAUUUAAGAAGAAAUAUCUAAAAAAAUAAAAUAAAAAUAAAAAGUGGUCAUGUUUAUCACAGUAGAGACAGAUAGGAAGCCGGGUCUGAGGCAAUAUCUCCUUCAUUUUGUUGUUCUUGUUGCAUAAUGUAGACGUCGUCCCUAAAACUUGCUCAGUACCUCCGUUCACAGAGACCAUAGCUAAACCCAGUAGGUGCCACACCUUCCUGUCCAUCCGACACUGUCAAAGAACUCUCUACAUGAACUGUGGGGUUAGAUCUCCUGUCCGUUGUGUCCGUCUAACCCACUCUACCCUCAUAAAGAUAUAAGCAAUUUGUCCCGCGCGGGCAACUCUGUACAAAGGUUAGAAAAUAUUUUAUUUUUUUUUUCCUUUUUCUUAAUUGAAGCAAUUUGACCUGCAGGACUUUCUCAGUUAUAUUGCAUGGGUGCUUGUAAAUAAGAUGAGAAGCAAAAUCUUUUUUAUUCAAAGAUUCAUGUAAGAUAAACGAUGUAUUUAGCAUGAAGCAUGACUUAUUUUCAUAUAAACCUUGAUCCUAGAGGAAAGGAAAAAAAAAAAACAUGUUUUUCCGCCAAUUCUUAUACCUGUGAUUAUUAUGGAGCUUUUGUUUUGGUUUUUAAAUCAGCCUUUUUUUUCUCUCUCUCUCUUUGGUGUGGGCUUUCAAAGGCACGUGUUGAGGCAGGGACGUCGUAGAGCACUCUGUAGUUCAAGACCCCCCCCCCCACUCCCUUUGAGGGUGAAACCUCUAGGAUUUGGGUUCAGGCCAGCAGGAGCACCUCUUUUGGGGGUGUGGGGUUGGCUUCCGUCGACUUCUGCCUACACUUUGAUUUUGCUUUUUAGCAUUUUAGUUUUCUGUUGUUUUUUUGUUGUUGUUGUUGUUUUUGGGGAGUGGGCUUUCAAAAACAUAUUUUCAGGCAGGAACAUAGGAGAGCGCUCUGCAGUAAGAGACCCCCACCCCCAAUCCCCUUCCCCGAGGGUGCCAUCUCCGAGCGUCAGGAUCUGACGCUCGGAGAUGGCCUCUUUUGGGGAGGGUGGGCUUCCGUCUUCCUCUGCCUGAUUUUGUUUUUGACUUUGAUUUUUCUCGUAGGCGUCAGUGUUAACACCCCACCACCACCCCCGGAGUUUCUUCAGAACAUGUCUGUGGAGUGUGUGAGUUAGUGUGUCCAAGAACACACGCACCCUUUAACGUUGUGCCUGCCUCCCUGCCUGCCCUCAGUCGCUCUAUUUACACAACAGAGCGCCACCUGUAUUUAUGACAGUAUUGUUUUUGUUGGUUUGUUUCUUCUUCUUUUUUUUCCAACGUAUAGAUGUACAUGUGUCCUUACUUUCCAUUGACAUUGUUCAGUGUAAAUGUAUGAAUCAGUGGGGCAUGGAAAACUCUGUAGGUGUCCUGAAUAAAGCUCAUGUCCCCCCCCCCCACCCAAAAAAAAAAUACUACCUUGUAAGAAAUGAAGAAAAAGGGAUAUUUGUCUUCUAAAUUGAAUACAAUGUUUCAACCCAUUUGAUUUGGAAAAUGGAGAGGUUUGCUGUCGUAGAAGACAAACACGGUAGUGAACUUUAAAAGGUAAAUUAUCGUCAUUUUUUCCCAACUUUUCCUUCUCAACCGUAUGCAGACUUGUAGCUCAUGUCAUCAAAGUUAAAAACAUUUCCAUUAUUACAAUCACUCUUUAAUUAAAGAGGUUCUGAAAGGUGGGGGGGGGGGUGAAGAUGCAGUCCAACACAGGCAUCAAACCAUAACACAACGGCAGUGAUAGUAAAGUCUCCGGCUCAUGUUCAUAAAGUGAAAAAUUGUAUGAUUAAUCCAGUGAGGAGGAGGAGGAAGUCAGGAGAAAUUAAUCUGAGAGCAGGAUCUUAGAGAACAAACUGGCCAUCCUAGGGAGGGAUGUAAAAAAAAAAACUUUCACAAGCCUGUCUUACCUGUAAUUCACCACAGCGGUGAACGAGCAAUUGUGACAAAAACGGGAAUCGGAAAACUGCUCUGGCAGUAAAUCGGGUGAACGUCAUUUAUCUUCCAGUUCCGACCGGCAUUGUUAAUCUGAAGCGCACAGGCGUGUGUGGCUAGGUGCCGCCCAGCGACUGUGGCCUCACAUUAGCUAACUUUAUGCUAGCGUAGUGAAAGUCUCACUUUUCCUCACACAAUCUGUCCUUGUUUUACUUGUUAGGGCUUUAUUACACAACAGUGGGGCAGCUGUACAAAUCAGUGUUCCGAUGACACCUGUCGCAAAACCCGUAAUCUAUAAAUCUGUCUACCUCCCUCAAAACGGCAAGAUAAUUCUAAGCUAACGUUAGCUAACGUGGGCUAUGGAAGACAUGAUCAGAGUGCAGCAGCAGUUCAUAUCUCUCUUCAUCUUGUUUAGAAAGGCGGGGGAGGGGGAGUCGCAACUGAAGCUAUUUAUCAUGGAUUAACAUACUCGUGGAGAAUUGUUCUUGAUUCAAUACAGUCUGCAGAAACCAGCAGACGUUGUUUUACGGACAAGCGGGAAACGUAAAAACAAGUGCUGGAAAAGCAAGCAUCGUCUUAUCUGACACGCUUUGAUGCCGACGAACAACAGCGAGCUGCUGUUGACUCAGCUCCAGCUGUGUGACGUAGCCUUCGCAUGAACUGUGUUCUGUCCUCUUCGCUCUAUUUCGGAUUGUUGCUUCUCUCAAAUCCACAAUUCCGACAGUUUCGUACUCUGCACACAAAAGGUGUUUCCAACAAUGGGCCUUUUUCAAAAGUGUGUGAAAGGUCUACCAGACGUUGCACACCCAGAUGACGCAUCAUCAGCCAUAUGGGACUUCCUGUUUUUAAGAGAGGUGUGGAUGCAAAGACCGUGCAUUCAGAGUAUUUGUUUUGAAAAACUGAAGAAAGGCCAAUUAAGCUUAAGUUUUGCACUUUCAACAUUUCAAAGCAUACAAAAUACUAUAUUUUCCCUUUUAAUUGUCUUUUUAUCAGAAACGAUGUAAAACAUUAAAGAGGAGCAUGUCAAAGUGCUCACAAUCUGUCUGUGGAGAUGCAGCUAGGGUUGUUUGGAGUAGCAGAGCCAGGCGAGGGGGUUUCUUUGAGCUGAAUGGGGCUCUGAGAGAUUAUCUGUAGGCCGAGCAGGAACAACAAAUGCACGUCCCAUCCACCGGGAUGCUCCUCUGCCACCUGUAGCAUGCAUCGCUGGCUUUCCAUUCCGCGCUUCUGGAGAAAAGGCUAAGAGGAGACACCGUCAGAGUGUCUCGUUGUGUGCCAUCCGUCUCCCAUCUCAUAUCUGUCUGAGUGCUCCCGUGGCCCGGGUCGAUCACUCGGCUGCGUUUGAUGCAACAACCCCGCUCUUGUGGCGACGAGUAAUGCGCUCACUUGGCAAGCAAAAGAGGGGGUGUGUGUGUUGAUUUAACAACCGCGCUUUUUCAAUGGGACUCACUCUGUGGCAUGUCGUAAAGAUGAACGGGGGCCUUUUAAGUCACGGAAAUACAUCUGAUUAAUUAUUCCCGCUAAGAAAAUGCACAUCACUGCCUGGGAAAAAAAAAUAAAGCGCUCAGAACAAGUCAUUUAUUUUCUAACCUGCCAAACGAAACCCGUUGGAAAAGAAAAAAAAUCAUUGCCAUUUUAGUUUUUGCCAUUGUUUUUAUUCGCUUUAUUUCUCUCUCUCUCUCUCUCUCCCUGACGAAAUUUCUUACAAUACUGCCAUUAUUUCUGCAGACCGUCUCAGCUGAAUCUUGGAAAGCCAUAGGUUCGAGAUGUCAAAAGUCAAAGCUGUCAAUGAUCUGCGAGAUGUGAUUGGAUUACACCCGGGUGUUGGUUUCCUUUGUUUUUAUUUUUUUAUUUUUUUGGUUUAAUCUCAGUAAGUGUUCGGUUUUCUCCUUAUCGUGCAAUCAUGUUGCCAAAGAAUGAUUUCAAGACCUACUUCAUCACUACAUGUAAAUAUCAACGUUGUCCAAUGCCGUGGCAAAAAAUAUAUAAAUGUUGUUUUCUUUUCUUUGUUGUUUUGUUUUCCAUUUUCUGAGAAACUACAAUGAUGUUUAUGUGAUGUAUUGUCUUCCAGUUGGUUGCAAUAAUAAAAAAUACAAGUUGAGGAGAA